AUGAGAAUGAAGAUUACCCUAAAAGUUCAUAAGGUUUGGGAGGCAGUUGAGGAUGUGACAACAAAUAGAGAGAAGAACGAUAUGGCGCUAGCUCUGUUAUUCCAGUCGAUACCGGAAACUCUCAUCCUGCAGGCCGGAGAACUUGACAAAGCUAAGCAAGUAUGGGAGGCCAUAAAGACGAGACAUGUAGGAGCGGAACGAGUAAAGGAAGCCAGACUACAAACUCUGAUGACUGAGUUUGAUCGUCAUAAGAUGAAGGAGACAGAGAAUAUUGAUGGCUUUGGUGGGAAAUUGUCGGAACUAGCUUCCAAGUCGGCUGCUCUAGGAGUUACCAUUGAAGAAGCAAAAAUUGUCAAGAAAUUUCUCAUGAGUUUGCCGAGGAAGAAGUAUAUCCAUAUUGUUGCAUCUCUCGAGCAAGUACUUGAUCUUAACACUACGAGUUUUGAAGACAUCCUAGGAAGAUUAAAGGCGUAUGAGGAGAGGAUUUUUGAAGAAGAAGAGACCGAAGAAGCGUUGUGUCCCGACAGGUUACUCAAGUUGCAGGAGACUCACGAAGGAGACAACACUGAGACACAAGAGGCCGAUAAACUUAUGAUGCAUGAAGUGGUCUUCUUGAACGAGAAGAACGUUUUGCCAGAGAAGUAUGAAACAAAUUCCGGAGGAAACAAUAUCUGGUAUCUUGAUAACGGGGCUAGCAAUCAUAUGACGGGAGAUCGAAGAUACUUUUCUAAACUUGAUAAUACUAUUACGGGGUAG